AUGGCAAAGCUGGCCUGCCCAUCCUCAUCUCACCAUUCGGCCCGGAACCUCGCAAGGGUUGAUAUAGGCACCGCUGACCUGCUUACACUUACACAAAUGACACGACAUGCUCUGUGCUUCUCCCUCGCGAGUCGCAAGGGCCUUUCAGCUUUCUCUGUCACCCAACUACCCUUUCUUGAUCUUCUUAAGCUACAGAAAGCAGUCAGUGCUCAGCAUCCGCCCAUCUGCCUCGAAUACGAGACUUCGGUCGAGACUCCAAGAACCGAGAAUUGCACACCGUUCGAUCUCGUUGCUUUUUCGGUUGCGUUUAGACUUCCCGCAUCUCAACUUUCGGUUGCCUCCCCCAUGAUCUGCCCGCCUCCACAGCAUGCCACUGCCAAGCGCCUUUCGGUACCUGGCUACCUGGCAGAUGCUGGCAUUUUUCUCGCAUUACCCGGAUGUGACUAUACGGAGGACGGGGGUCAAUUACCGCAGCCUGUAGGUCUUCGCAGGCAACCAACACGCCGACAACAUCAACAUUGCGAAUGGAGUCGUCUCCGUCAGAACGAAGUUGCAGGAAACCGCGCAAUCCUCAUUCCCGGGUAUAGAGAGCGUUGCAUCCAUGACAUUGACUCGCUAUGCAGGCUGCAGCACAUCAAACCGUUCAUGCCUUACACAAAGAGCAGAGCCAGCACUUCAGACAACGUAUUAUGCAGACACAACGAGAAAACCUGGCUUCGACGUCGUAGAUCGGCACAGCGUCAUUUUACUGCCUUUGUCCACACCUGCCGUCUUCCUUGUCUUGAUCUGAGGGAGAUCUCCUGCUGCGCAUCCGGCUAUUUGGACGCGGGAGAAGACAGGCGGAGACAGGACCGCGGCGGCGAUCCGUACACCAGCCUUAUGCAGCUCCGCGACAAACCUGUCUCAUCUCGAUUGUCUACGUCCCCUACAACAGAUCAGUGUAGCAACAAAAUAGAUGCCACCCGUUCAUUUCGGAAUUUUCAGGCGGACGCUUCGGAGACAGCCUCUUCCCCACCACUGAUCGCUCUCCUUUCUAGCUUCGCGCUUCUAGGUUGCGGUUGGGCCUUACCUUGGCUGGUAGCCUCCCGGUUCAGUGUGCCAAACGUGACAGCUAGAGCAAGCCAUCUGAUCGAAGCCUUUGCACGUCCCUUGCUUCAAGACUUCGUCUACGCUGGUAGCUGGCAUAGGUCUCCUUUGGCCUCACCCUUCUCAGUGCAGAAUCACAGAGGUUCCAAUCCCACCCCCACGCUGCCUCCCACCUCAUAUGGUACUUAUGCCGAGCUCAACUAA